GAGGGAUAAGAAGCAUUGGAUGUUGGGAGUGGGGGGAGAAAUAGGCGAGUCACACUGGAAACCAAAGCUCGGACACUCUCAGUCGUCGGGAGUGUCCCGAGCCCCUUCUUGAGGGGCCGCUCUGCCCCAGGAAGGUUGGACUGGGUGGUCGCCAAAGCCUCUGGCGGCCCUGACCUUCUGUGUCCUAGCCCCCCCCCCCCUUCUGCAGGGAGGGAAGGGCUAGAGCAUCAUUAGGAGCUGGCGUAGGACUGCGGGGAAGAGGCACCACGCUUGCGCUGACAGGAGAGGCAGAAGGGAGGGAGGAGCGAGCCCCAGGCUGAAGGAGGAGGAGGAUGGCAGCUCUGCCGCCACCGCUGGUCACCUUGCUUUGGAUCGGGGUCCUGUCUCUCCCAACGGCGACCCAUGGCGCGGCCGUUGCCCAGUUUAGGGGAAGACAAGGGAACACCUCGAGUUCACGCCCAAAUCAGACAUGGUCAGAGCUUUUCAAGCUGUCUCCUGUCUCCAGAGGCCUCGAUGGUCAGACGCUUGCAGCCCCGGGCCCAGCCUAUCUCUUGGAACCUGGCGCAAAUAGUGAGGGUCCUGCAGUCGGAGUGGCCUCCAGGUUCCCCUAAAGCGGCCCUGCUGGGCCAGACCCUGGAGCAGCUUCUGGAGGCAGAGGCUGGGCGGCAGGAGUGGGAACGGGAAAACAAGGCCAAAUCUGCGGCCCUGGCCCAGUUCCUCUUGCGCCUGUGGGGCAGCUCCCAUCUUGAGCCUGAAGUCAACAUGGAGGAGCCGCCGGCGCUCGAUCCCAAGACCCAGACCCAGGAUGAGGCGGCCGACUCCAACCAGGCACUGCUCAGGUCCCUGAUAAGCCGGCUCUUGGCCAAGAUAUCAGAGGCCCAAAUGGCUUCCACCCUGGUCCGGGGGGAACCGUGGCCUGUGCAACGCCGUCGCCUGCGCCGGGAUCUAGGGCCGGGUCCCGCUUCCAAGCCACAGGGGACCGCACCACUCCACCUGAGCCGCCUGGAGGCCUUGGGAGCCAAGGGCAGGGCUCAGGGCCGUCGGGGGCUGCCACUUGCCCCCACCCACUACUGGCCAGAAUAAUGGGGUCUCCGUUCCCUUAAGGCUCCUGGCUUCCCCUCUCUCCCCUAGUCACGCAUGUUCCCCCCACCUCAGCAUCCAAGCUUAAUAAAGCAAGCAAAGCAGA